CUCUGCUAUUCAAUAGUAGUGAGUGGAACUUAACUUCGCCAAAUUAACCAUGGCUGUGGACACUCCGCUACUAGAUAACAACAACAGCAGCACGCAUAGUGAUGAGGACGAGAAGCCACUGAGCUUGGUUCGCAGAUUCGGGUCCGAGUCGAAGAAGCUGUGGAAGAUAGCAGGUCCUGCAAUUUUAACAAUGUUGUGUCAGUACUCACUUGGCACAUUCACCCUCAUAUUUGCAGGCCAUGUGGGAGAGCUCGAUCUUGCAGCAUUUGCUGUUGAAAACACUUGCAUUGCUGGCUUCGCCUUUGGAAUCAUGUUGGGUAUGGGGAGUGCCUUGGAGACUCUCUGUGGACAAGCAUUCGGUGCGGGUCAGACCAGGAUGUUGGGGGUGUACUUGCAAAGAUCAUGGGUCAUCUUAUUUACUACUGCCUUGAUUUUGGUCCCUGUAUAUGUUUGGUCACCUCCCAUCUUGAGGCUCAUGGGACAAACUACUGAGAUCUCAAAAGCUGCUGGAAGAUUUGCUUUGUGGAUGUUACCACAGUUGUUUGCAUAUGCUUUCAAUUUUCCAAUCCAGAAGUUCUUACAGUCACAGAGGAAAGUCCAUGUGAUGUUACGGAUAGCAGCAACUGUCCUGGUGCUACAUAUAUUUUUCAGUUGGCUCCUAAUACUGAAACUUGGGUGGGGCUUAAUUGGAGCAGCAAUUACUCUCAACACAUCAUGGUGGCUGAUUGUCAUUGCACAAUUUUCGUACAUUGUGAUCACAAAAUCAGAUGGUGCUUGGAGUGGAUUCUCAUGGCUAGCAUUUGCAGACUUGUUUGGUUUCGUGAAACUUUCUUUGGCUUCAGCUGUCAUGUUAUGCUUGGAGAUUUGGUACUUGAUGAUCCUGGUGGUGAUAACAGGACGUUUGACAAACCCUCUAAUACCUGUUGAUGCCAUAUCUAUCUGUAUGACCCUCAAUGGCUUGGAUGGCAUGAUUGCAAUAGGGUUCAAUGCAGGAAUAAGUGUGAGAGUAUCAAAUGAACUAGGGGCUGGUAAUUUCCGGGCUGUGAGGUUUGCGGUGUGGGUAGUUUCCAUCACAUCAGUAUCCAUAGGUGUUCUUGCCAUGAUUUUAGUUCUUUCAACAAGGGAUUACUUUCCUCACUUGUUUACCACAAGUGAUGCAGUUGCCAAGGAAACAACUAAGCUUGCUGCUUUGCUUAGUGUCACGGUGCUUCUCAACAGCCUUCAACCAAUCUUAUCUGGUGUUGCUGUUGGAGCUGGGUGGCAAUCUCUUAUAGCAUACAUCAACAUUGGGUGCUACUAUAUUAUUGGAUUACCAGCAGGGAUAUUGUUGGGAUUCACAUUUCAUUUUGGAGCAGAGGGUAUUUGGUCAGGGUUGAUUGGAGGUGUAGUUCUGCAGACCAUAAUCCUUAUAAUCGUCACUUCAGUCACCAAUUGGAAGAAGGAGGCUGAACAAGCAGAGGGUCGCGUGAAGAAAUGGGGAGGAUCAAUUGCUUAUGAACAAUGACUUUGAGUAGAUUUAAUGAGCAUGGAAGGUUCCAAAAUGUGUGUAGUUUCUACAACCUAAUUACCUAAGUUUUUGUGAUCUAGAUAGAGUUGGGUUGGAAAAUCAUAGUGACAUUAGCACAAUUCCAAUCAUGGUUUCACUAUCCUUGUUUGUAAUGUCAUUUGGGUUGGACUCAACCUUAAUCUAAUUGUUUUUGACAAAAAAAAACAUAGAUGAAAUUUAAUAAAAAUUUCAUCUUUUCCA